CGAACGCAGUCCAUGGUGUGAACCGCUUUGAUAUGCGGUCGCUUCCCAUGGCGUGUGUGCUGCGAGUAGACCAGGAUGCUGACGUGCAGUUGCUGCGAGCUCUAGAGGAAGACUUGGACAGGAUCCACGCUUCGAACUGGGAGGUGAAAGCCGUGUUCGUGAAUGUGGCCUCAGGCAAGGCCGAGCACCAGCGUGAAGAGCGCGACGAGCUCGCUGAGCAGUGGCUGCAGGUCGCCGAGACCAUUGCCACCCUGAAGCCUCCGGUCUUUGGCGUGGCGAUGGGCGAGGUUUUCAUGCCUGGGAUCCGCGUGCUGGACGCGUGUGACUUGGUUCUGGCUACCAGGACUCACCCAGGCACCCAUAUCAAUCAUGUGCUCCCACCCAUGGAGAUCCAGACCUUUUGCCUCUCCCUGAUCGAGGGGCUUUCAGGCUUGACCCCGGCCGAGCUGCAGGACACGAAGCUGCACUUGGUCCAGAGCAAGAUCCUCGCGAGGCUUCCCAACCCAACGUUGCGGGCGCACGAGCAAGCUUCUGCGAGUGCGCUGAGCGCCUCACAAAAGAGCAGCUCUGAAAGAUCGGAAGAGGAGAAUGCAGGACGGAUCUCAGAUCGCGAGAGGAUGUCCGAUUCCUCAGGAGCCUUAGACGAGGAUCAGAUCCUGUUAUUCCUCGACGGCAUGCCGCUCUCAUUAUGACCAUCGUAGGUCCCAUUUAUUCUAUUCGGUUGCCUCCGGAGCAAUGCCCAGGGGGGUCCCUUGAACAUGACCCGCUGGGUUCAUGCUCAUUUGGGGCAACCAAUAGAGCCUUGGACCCGCCCGCCAACUUCCUGGCGAUUUCCAACUGAGUUAGGUUGUCUCAAAUUGGGCCUCCGAGAUGCGCUGCUUCAGCUGAAAACCGCUGAAGGCCGGCUGCAAAAAGCAUCACGGUGAUGCCCCGUCUAUUUGACCGACAGCCUGACGGCCGAUUCGAAGCGCGGAUUUCUGCAACUGACCUGCAGUUUUCUUGUUCGCUCCCCAGUCGCGCGUGCGCUAUGACUUUUGAUUUUCUGGCACUGGCAACGAUCCGACAGGGAUGGAAUCUUCGCCCCUCAACGUUUAUACCCUUCCAAAAAGAAACGUUGAAUCGUCAGAUUUGCUGGCGAUCUCUCGCUUGGAAGGGUCUGAGGGUCCACCCAUGCCUGGGAAGCCGGCAUCCCCCUCCACA